CUUCUUUCGCCUCCGCUGCUUUUGCCUCUUCUUCCCUCUUCCUCCCUCCCCUCCCCUCUUCUUCCCUCUCCUCCCCUCACCUUUUCUCUUCACCCCCGAGGACUUGCUGGGCCCUGCAGCCUCGUUCCAGCGUUUCCAUGAGGAUCCCGGAACCCUCCGCAACACACAUUGAGCCAUGAACCCCCUCGGAUUUCCCAACGGUGUCAACCCCAACUGCAUGCGGCCCGACCACGAUCCAUGGGGACGAAGCACACCGCAAUCCCAGAAUGACCCCUCCCUGUCGGUCUCGAAACCCGUCAUCUUCCCCUCCAAGGACCUCCACCAGGCAUCCGUCUCGCUUAAUCAAUUAACUACGGUGGAGGUUGUCACCACCGGUCGCGGGAAACAACUUACUAUCCCCGAGCAAUUGUGCCUGGUCAACCUAUGUGCCGCUUCCAUGUGUGAUGAACAUGCCAACGCCCAUCCGAAAAGCUUCUGGAUCAAAAUUGCCAACAAACUCGAGUUGCGAACCGGUCGCCGCUAUUCAUGGCAGUCAUGUCGCCGUCGCAUGCAAACCUACGUGACCAAAUGGCACGCCUAUUGGUCGGCGUAUGACGACGGUCGGACCUGUCCGAACAUCGAUAUCGCCGACGAGGUCUUCGAGGAGCUUAACACAUGGCUGGAAAGACUCAACGAGCAAAAGCGUCACUCGGGGCUGCCGCUUACCGUUGAGCACUACGCCCCUCAGGCAUCUGCCGCCGUAGUGGCGAGAGUAGAGCCCCCUAAGAUCCCGGAACCCCUCCGAACCUUACCCGAGCAGGGGUUAGUGCAGCAGUCGACGAAAAUUGACCGUGUCUGGGUCUGGCUCAGGAGUCUCCCGCACUCGGAGGAGAUGGAACGCAUGGUAGCAUGGGCGGGAGAGGCGACGAAUCCGGUCAUAAAUCCUAUUGAUGAAGCGUUACUUCUCUUGAAACGUCGGCGGCUUCGAUUGUCCCAGAAGAUGAAGCCUGGUGAGCAACAGCCAGAGGUUGCUGCAGGCGAAAAGCCCAUUCCUGCCCAGGUUAUUCUACCUCAACCGUCUCUUGCACUGCCCGAUCCCUCCGCAGGAAAUAAGAGGCCUCGCGAACAAGAAGAUCCUGUUGCUGAGCGUCCCGCCCGACGCCUCCGUGUAGAUCCUGGGAGCCACCCUUCUGGCAGCCCCCCUGCUGAGGAACAUGUCGACAACGCCCAUCUCAAGAGGAAACUGGUCGAGACCUACUUCGAAAGCACAUUCGGCAAACUUAUUGACCGACUGUCUGCUCGGUUCCGGAGUCAGGGCGCAAAACAGCAGGACUCUCCCGGGAGCUGCGAGGCCAUUAUGCGCGAUCUUUUCAAAGACGUCGGGGUGGCGGUUGCUAAAGCCUUGAUCAGAAUGGAUGAACCCACGAAUCAAGAACAAAUAAUGCACUGAUUUGAGCACAUGUUAACCGUUAAGCGAUUCCAGCGUAUCGAUUUCACUUUCUCUACUUCAUUGGGCGGUUCUGUGUCAUUUACAGCUUAUUCAUCUCCAACUUUAUGCCCUCAUCGUCUAUCAUCUGAACUUACGUUAUCCGGAAUGUCUGCUCUAUCUAAUUGGGUCGUUUGUGCACUUUCUUCGUUCUCAUGAGCAUCAAACUGCCCUAGAGAUACCCUUUGCAUUGGAGCUCGGAAGUCAUGCUUUUAUGUUGGUUACUGUCUGAUAUACCUAGUUUGGGGAAUUUUGCAUAUUCGCAUAUUCGCAUAUAUAGCAUAUAUAGAAUAAAUAGAAUGGACAAAUUUGGCUUUAUUCGAG